AUGCACGAAGAGGUACCAACAGUUACACGACUUGCUCUCCAUUUACCUGGAAUGCAUCGCGUUAAUUACAAUCCCAAAGAGUCAUUGGAAGACAUCAUUGCUAGAGCUGCAGUAGAAAAGUCGACUCUAACUGGGUUUUUUUCAUGGUACGCUUCCAACCCGGAUUCUAUCCCCUACACUUACCAAGAAUUUCCGCAAUACUUCGUUUGGGACAAGGCAACCAAUGUGUGGACACCAAGACAAAUUGGAUACGCAAUCGGGAGAAUGUACUUUGCCAGCCCUAAUUGUGGUGAGACAUUUUAUUUACGUUUGCUAUUGACUGUUGUGAGAGGACCAAAAUCUUACGAAAGUUUACGGACAGUAAAUAAUGUUAUACACGAUACUUUUAAGUUGGCAUGUGUUGCUAGAGGGCUUCUGGAAGACGAUGAUGAGUGGGUUCAAUGUCUUGAAGAGGCAGCAAUAAUGAAGAGUGGAUAUCAGUUGAGGAGAUUGUUUUGUGUUAUUCUCACACAAUGCUCACCGCUACAACAGUUAGAAUUGUGGAAUCGAUUUUCUAUACAUAUAUGUGAUGAUCUCGCGCACAAAAUCCGCACAUUAUAUGCCCUUCCUAAUCCAACCGAGGGUCAAAUUGAAGAUUAUGGUCUGUAUCUUCUCAAUCAGAUGCUUGGAGAAACAGGUAAGAGUUUACAUGACUUCCCACCUAUGCCGCAACCGAACGAAAAUUGGAGCACAGCUGUUGGUAACAGGUUGAUUAUAGAACAUCGACAGCUUCAAAUCCAAUCACAACAGGCAGAUACAGAGACUAAUAUUGGUCGCCUAAACAUCGGACAACGCAAUGCUUAUGAUGCUAUUAUGUGCUCUGUUUUUGAAAAUAAAGGCACUACCUUCUUUUUGAAUGGGGGUGCCGGCACAGGAAAGACAUUUUUGUACAACACAAUUGCACAAAAAUGUCGUGCUCUUGGGCAUAUAGUGGUUACUGUGGCUUCGUCUGGAAUUGCAUCGUUGUUAUUGGAAGGAGGUCGCACUGCACAUUCAACAUUCUCGAUCCCACUAGAUGUAUUAGAAAAUUCUAUUUGCGAGUUCACCAAGCAAUCCAUACAAGCAGAGUUAUUUAGAGAAACAAAAAUGAUAAUAUGGGAUGAAGUACCUAUGCAACAUAAAUAUUGUGUUGAGGCAGUUGAUCGCACAUUACGAGAUAUUCGUGACAACCCUAAACCAUUUGGGGGUAUCACCGUAGUUCUUGGUGGUGAUUUCCGUCAAAUUUUACCAGUUGUACCCAAAGGUGUUCGUGAGGAAAUUGUAAACGCAUCACUUAGGCGUUCCGAUCUGUGGGAUGACAUACAUGUCUUGACAUUGAGUUUGAACAUGCGAUUAAAUACUUUAGAUCCUCGAAAUGCUGAUUUCGCAAAUUUCCUGAUGGAGGUUGGAACAAACCCUCAAGAAGUGGUACACCUACCAACAACAAUAGGUAGAUGUCAAGAUCUGAACGAAUUAUUAUCGACAGUUUAUCCCCAACUGGGAGUGGCAACUGUAUCAACCCCGACUUUUUUGACUGAACGCACAAUUCUCUCAGCUCGAAAUGAUGACGUGAAUGCUAUAAAUUGCACUGCACUAACUAUUUUUCCAGGAAAUAGUUACACUUACCUUGCUGCAGACAAGAUGUCUGAGGACAACGGAAUGGAUAGAAGCAUCACUAACCGGUAUCCCAACGAGUACCUAAACUCACUAGAUCCUACUGGGCUACCACCUUUUAAGCUACAGUUGAAAGCGGGUUGUCCUAUAAUAUUGCUCAGAAAUAUCGCCCCAAAGGAUGGACUUUGUAAUGGCACGAGGAUGAUGGUUGUCAGAUGUGGCUCCCGUAUUAUUGAAGUUAAGAUUUUAACAGGCGCAAAAUUUGGCCAAUUGGCCUUCAUACCACGAAUAUCUUUAUCUCCGUCAUCUUCAGAUUUUCCUUUCCAUAUGACAAGGCGUCAAUUUCCAAUACGUUUGGCAUAUGCUAUGACUAUUAACACAUCACAAGGACAAUCUGUAAAAUUUGUUGGGGUCGAUUUGCGUACACCCGUGUUUAGUCAUGGGCAGUUAUAUGUGGCAUUGUCGAGGUGCACGUCUUUUGACCGCAUAAGUGUCCUUCUCCCCGAAGAAGCAACAGAUUCUACUACCAAUAUUGUUUACCCUGAAGUUCUGCUGUAGUGUGGUUUAUCAUACCAGAUGACUUAUUUAGGAAGGAAGCACCAACAACACUCAAUUAUAUUGGGGAUCGCUCACCGUCUCUCUUCCGUCAAUCUCAG